AUGGCUGACAUUGUUGGUCUCAUCACGAACGUAGAGCGAGCUCACAGUGAUCUGCAACAGCUGCGAACCAAGAUGGCCAGCGUCACUGUGAAACUGGAGGCCAUCAAGCAACAAGUAGGGCCGACAGUAGCAGCGCCUGUGGAAAGCGGCGAUGGCAGUACCACAUCUAUCAACGCACAAUAUGUUCAGAGUGAACUGAGAAGAGCCCGGGAGACGCUCGACAGGUUCAUGUCGAUAGUACGAGAACAGGCUGAAAAGCAAGAUGCCACCAACGCAGACGAUGAGCUCAUCGAAGCCGAGGCCACUAUGGAGGCGUUGAGGAAGAAGUUGAGUGGAAAUGACGACAAAUCACGACCGUUGUAA